GGCCGGCGCCGGCAGGAAGUGCUCGGCGGGGCGAAGGUUGAGGGGCGGGGGGCUCGCGGCGGCCGGAAGGGAAGGCGCAGGAGUCCGACAUGGAAGAGUUUAAAGAUGCAAGUCCACCUGAAGAACUACUUGAUCACUUAAAGCUUUCUGAUCAGAAGUCUUCAGAGACUGGCCCCAAAGAUGUACAGAAUCCCCAAAACAUUGAAAGUGGAUAUACAGCAUCUUCAGCCAAAGAUCCCAUAACAGCAGAUGAGUGUUUCCAUGACUGUCAUGACUCCUUUGAGGCAAAAGAACCUCUGCUGGACGAUGAAGGGAAUUUACAGAAUGAUGAGAAUAGCUCAAGGAAGCAGACAGAACUAGAUGAAGAAUACUUACUAGAACUAGAAAAAGAUAUGCCAGAGGAAGAAAAACAGAAAAGAAGAAAGGAGAGCACAAUGCUGAAGGAGAAAGGAAAUGAGCAGUUCAAGAAAGGAGACUAUGGAGAGGCAGAAGACUCUUACACGAAGGCUCUGCAGAUUUGUCCAGCCUGCUUCCAGAAGGACAGGGCUGUUUUGUUUUCAAACAGAGCUGCUGCAAAAAUGAAACAGGACAAGACAGAAGCUGCCCUAAGUGACUGCAGCAAAGCGGUGGAGUUAGAUCCUAACUAUAUUAGAGCUUUGCUGAGGAGAGCAGAACUAUAUGAAAAAACUGAAAAACUAGAUGAAGCUCUGGAAGAUUAUAAGGCAGUCCUAGAAAAAGACCCAUCAGUUCAUCAAGCCAGAGAAGCUUGCAUGCGAUUACCUAGACAAAUUGAAGAGCGUAAUGAAAAAUUAAAGAAAGAAAUGUUAGGCAAACUGAAGGAUCUUGGGAAUUUGGUUCUCCGCCCCUUUGGCCUGUCAACAGAAAAUUUUCAGAUAAAGCAGGAUUCAUCAACUGGUUCAUACUCCAUCAAUUUUGUUCAAAAUCCCAACAACAAUAGAUAACAUGAAUUCAGUCUAGUUCUGCUGGCUUUCAGGCUUCGUGACCGUGUGCUUGCACGUACCAAUAAAAGGAUUCAGCAAACAUUCUUCACGCUCCCCAAGUGAAGAUGACUCAAGCAUACUCAUGUCCCUGCUUGUGAAAUUAUUUACAAUGUGGAUGUAAAGCAAGUCAUUUGACUUCUCUUAGUGAUAACUGUGUCCAACGUGUGAUGAUUUUUUUUUUUUUUUCAAUAUUUUUUUUCCUUCCCUUGUGGUGUUUGGCUUAUCCAACAGGCAGGUUCAUUAUUUUGGCCCAUUCAAUGCUGGCAACAAAAUUCUAGCAAGCAAUUCUGUUGAAUCAAAAUGCCCAUGCACCUGUAGCCAAGAACAAAGCCUAAUGGUGUCUUGGGGAAUUAACGAAUCGAGCAGAAGCACUUCUCCACACUCAGCAGGUGGAUAGGACUGACAGCAUGCAUGGAAGCAAGCCAGCCUCUUCUGUGGAGUAAUUUUUCUUUGUAAUAAAGGCUUGGCAUUUC